UUCGCUUACCGGGCGACCUGUUCCAAAGGAACCGUCAGCUUCCUGCUGUGCCACCCGUUGUGGGCCCCCAGCGCAACUGGUGACGUGUUCCGGAACUGCAUUUUCGAAAGUAGUUUCUGUCAAGGGAAGGUUCAGUGGAUGGAGUUGACUGUCCCUCAGAAAUUACCGGAUCCCCCAAGGAGCUUUGAUGAAUUCUUAAAGUCUCAAAACUGGGAUUAUUGGCCCAGGGAUGUUCAUUUUAGAGAUAGUGAUAUAUGGGAAGAUACUCUGAAAAAACUAGAAGAGGCUAUUUCAUAUACUUCUAUUUAUUCUUAUCUGUGGACCAACGUGCCUCGGCUGUAUGAUAUCGUCGACAGCUUGGAGUCAAAAUUAAAGGAAAGCUCACAUCUUUUGCAACACCAUGCCUCCAGAUUAUUUGAAAGUGACAAAAUGAUUUCCAAGAAAAGGUCAUAUACAAACCUGGAACGCUACAAAGCAUUUGUAAAAGAACACUAUAGGCCAAAGAAAAUCGCGCUUUCAGAUCGAAUGGAGACAGAGAAGAAUAUAGAGGGUUGCACCUUUUUAUUCAACCAAAAUGAAGUGACACAAUUACCCAGACAUUUGGAUGCUAAACAAAUUUAUCUUUAUGUUUUAAGAACACAAAACUUUGAGGAAAAGGUAUUUAAGGUCUGGAAAACCCACGUUCUCUCAGACUGCUCCAUUGCUCUUUUGCAUGACUCCUUUUGGUGGUGGUUUCUACAUAAAUUCAAGCCUGACAAAAGAGAUGAAGAUUUCUUGUUUGAUAGAAUUGCAGAAAGUUAUGUCACACUUUUCAUAAAAAUACCUCUAAGGAGAAAGGAUGCAUUCUUUAAGAUGUAUCCUGACUGUUUGACUCAAGCUGUCUACACAACCUUCCAGGAAUCAUUUCCAGAAUCCUGCAGCCUCUUCAAUGAUAAAUUCAAAGAAGACCUAGGAAAUACGAUUUUUCUUUGGUUGUCAGGUCUAAAGCCUGAAACUGGCUUUUGGACCCACUGGAAACUGCAAGACCUCUGCACAACCACCAUUCAUGGCAGUAAGCGUGUACCUGUGAAGUUGAGAAGGAGCGUCAUUCCCAGUCAGGAGCACAUACCAGGCAUUAGAGACUUGAAAAUCGAGGAUAUUCUAAAGAACCCAAGAUCGUACGCAAUGCCUAUACUCAUGAAAGAGUCCGUAGCAUCAAAAGUAGCAACCAAGCAGUCCCACUAUAGGAGCUUGGGUCCAGAGUUUCACAAAGUUCUCUUUGACUUUGGAGGCCAGAGCCCACUGAUUCUAUACUAUCUUAAGAUGCACGAGCUAGGAGGUAUUUCCGUCACUCACAAUCUGAAGGGAAGCAAGUUCACCAAGAUACUCCGAGAGCCACCACCUGCUCCAACAUACUGUGACAUCAUCAGGGAUGCCAAAAGAAAAUUUGCAGAUAACAAGAAGGAUUUUAAGAGAGUAAAGCAAAGAAUCAAAGAUGAUAUCAAGUUCCUGAGAGAGCAACAGGAACUAAUCGACAAGGAGCUUGACCGGAUCCAAGCAAAGGCUUCCAAAAAUCUCCAAGAAGUCAAAAAUGAAUUUGAGAAUUUUCUACAUAAACAACGUGUUGAGGCAAAACUCAAGGAGGAAUAUGGAGGAUCACCAUCACCAUCAGAGUCGCCACAGUCGCUGCAGUUACCACAAUCAUCAUCAUCAUUUCCUACUAUAUCAGAAGACUUCAACCAUGUGGAAGAGGGCUAA